ACUGCGCCCCAACCUACUUUGGCCCCCUCUCUCUAUCUCAGGAACUCAACUUCCAUCCAAUUCUACUCCAUUUAAUGCCUUUUUCAGUUUUCACCUCUCCUAUCCUCUCCUCUCCUCUCCUCUCUCUCUCUCUACUUAAAUAAAUAUAUCUUCCACCAUUUCUAAAUUUUCCCCCAAAUCAUCACACAAUGAAAUCAGCUGCUGCUCUCAUUCUUAUAUUUUCUCUAUGGCUCAUCGCAGCCACCGCCACCCGACCCGACCCCUCCCCCAGCGACCAGGCCGGCGGCUUCUUCGGCGACCCGGGUAACGGCUUCGGUAUACCCGGCUACGGCAAUUACGGCGGCGGCUACGGUGGCGGCUACGGCGGCCCCAGCGGAGGCGGUUCCACGCAUGGCGUCGUGCGGCCCAGCGUGGUCUGCUCUGAAAAGGGACCCUGCUACAAGAAGAAGCUCACCUGUCCGGCCAAGUGUUUCAGCUCCUACGGCGGCUCCGGGAAGGGGUACGGCUACGGAGGCGGCGGCGGCGGCUGCACCAUCGACUGCAAGAAGAAAUGCACUGCUUCCUGCUGAUGGGGACACGUGUCCUCUCUCUCUAUAUAUAUAUAUAGUAGACUGUGUGUGUAUUUAUAAAUAGUUGGCUACGAGAUUUACUACUUGUUGCCAACCUAGUUAGAUUGGAUUGUGAUUCCACUCAACAUUUGCUGCUUUGAUUUUGUUGCAUGUAACAAACUUUUGCAGUGAAUUUGGGGCUUUAUAGCCUCUAUAAUAUCGGUAUCUCAUUCUGAUCUA